AUGUAUAUUGUCCUCGUCCUUCUACUAGUAAACAGUACCACAGAAGGUGUUAGAAUAUAUUCUAACAAAAUUGACUCCAAAGAUGGAUUAACCAGACCGUUUGGAAGGAACUUUACAUUUAUCGCAAAUUUUAAUCCAAAAAAGAGAGAUUCUAGACUUUUUGAGAAAAAAGAAGGUGUAGAAGAUGGAGAUAAAACCUACUGUGAGAAUGUUUACAAGAGAGAAAGGUUCCCAACGAGAUGUGUAAAAAUAGGAAAGGUCACAAUAGGAGGAAAUCACCCAAUCGCUAUCCAAACAAUGACGUCCUGUGAUACCAACGAUGUUCAACAAACAGUAGAUCAGAUACUGAAGGUUCAAGAGUACGGAUCAGACAUGGUUAGGAUUACAGUUCAAUCACCCAGAGAAGUUAAAUCAUCCGAGUUGAUAAAGGAGAAACUCAAUUCCCUAAACUGCGAUAUACCGCUUAUAGCGGAUACCCAUUUUAAUGCAAAAGUUGCAAUGCUGUGUGCAGACAUAUUCGAUAAAGUUCGAGUGAAUCCAGGAAACUAUGUGAUUGGAAGGAAGAACUGGGAUAUGAAGGUGUAUAACACUGAAGAAGAGUUUAAAAAGAGUGGAGAAUACAUAGAAGAGGUCUUUACACCCUUGGUGUUAAAGUGUAAAGAACUUAAAAAGGCGAUAAGAAUAGGGACAAAUCAUGGAUCACUGAGUAGUAGAGUAAUGAGCUACUACGGAGACACCCCGUUGGGAAUGGUGAUGUCAGCAAUUGAGUUUGCAGAGAUUUGCAGGAAGAAUGACUUCCAUAAUUUUGUGUUCUCUCUGAAGUCGUCUAACAUAUUUGUAAUGAUCCACGCAUACAGACUACUUGUGAACAUAAUGAAGAAGAGAGGCUGGGAUUAUCCAAUACAUCUAGGAGUAACAGAAGCAGGGUCAGUUGAUGACGGAAGAAUAAAGAGUUGCUUGGGAAUCGGAUCACUACUGAUUGACGGAAUAGGAGAUACAAUAAGAAUGUCGUUGACAGAAGACCCUUGGUUUGAACUGAUUCCUUGCAGAAAACUCUUAGAAUCAGUUCAAAAACUGUAUCCAGGAACUAAAAUUAUUGAUACUGAUCACAUGAAUGAAAGGGAUAAUGUUGGAGAGAAAUUGAUUCCAGAUAAAUCAUUUAAUUAUGAUGACUGGAGAGAUUUUAGAAGCAUUGAAAGAAGAGAAGUAAAUUAUGGUAAAAGUAUACUGAACUACGAAGAUAGUAAUAAAAAUAACCUACUAAAUCCAAAUGGCUCAGUGGGAACUGUUCUACAUUCACAUCACUUGAAUAAUAGAGUUGAGUUGUACAAGUCGUUGGGACUGGAUAUAGUUAAUGGGCUUCCUUCAAGGUCAUUAAAGAGCGUAGACUUUGUUUUUUUAGAAGACGUUCCAUACUUUCACGAGUAUAACAAACAGAGACUAAUAAAGGAGUUGAUAGAGGGAGGAAUUAAUGUAGUCUUACCACUAAGGAAGCUAAAGUAUAACCCAAUUAAGUUCGCAAUUGGCUUAGUAACAGUUGAUGAGUAUAAUCUCCUAACAAGGUCUACUCCCAAAAGGUACCACAAUGAUAACAGGAGUACAAAUCACCCAGAUAGCAGAUUAAUGGGAAUAGAUUUGAACAAUGAAGUUCCAGGACAACCAAUAUUGGAAGACCGAGAUGUAGUGGAUGAAUUGAAUAAAUUGGAAAAAUUAGUAGUUAAAAUUACAGGAAAUGAAACUGAUGAUCAACUAUUAGACCUUUUCAAUACACAUCAGAGAAAUGAAACACUUAACCUGAAUAAUAAGGAUAGAAAUAACCAAAUCGGGUUCAUAAUACUGGAUAUUGAUCCGAAACUUAAUUACAUGUACACUGUUAGGAGAAUAUUUGGCCUGUUGAACAAGACUAAAUGUGAUUUGCCAGUAAUUCAUCAGUUAAACUUCCCAAGUCUAGAAAAUCAACAAGACAUGUUGGUUGAUAGUUGUUGCUUAUUGGGGUGUAACUUGAUAGAUAAGAUGGGUGAAGGGAUAAUCAUUAAAUCAAAACUACCCAUUGACAUCACUAAUAAACUGUCAUUAGAUAUUCUUCAGAACAGUAGGAUGAGGAACAUUAAAACCGAUUUCAUCUCGUGCCCUUCAUGUGGCAGAACAUUGUUUAACAUUCAAGAAACAACAGAGGAGGUGAGAAGAAGAAUAGGCCAUUUGCCAGGAGUUACAAUAGCCAUCAUGGGCUGCAUAGUUAACGGAAUUGGUGAAAUGGCUGACGCAGAUUUCGGUUAUGUAGGAGGCUCACCAGGAAAGGUGGAUUUGUAUGUAAAAAAGCAAUUAAUUGAAAGGAAUAUACCAAAAGACCAGGCCUGUGAUAAGUUAAUAGAACUCAUUAAAAAACACAAUAAAUGGGUUGAACCUCCAUAACAUAAUCUUAUACAAUUCUA